AUGGUUCUUCACAGAGAUCUCGACCUUCUUCUUUCCUCCCAUUUAAUCAACAAUCCCAGAGGAGAUGGUGCGAAAUUCAAUGCGAAUUCAAUUGAGAAGAAGAUAGAGUUCCUUGAAAGCUUUACUGGAAAGGUCACAAAUAGAAGAUCGCGGAGGUGGUUAAACGAUCGCCUAUUGAUGGAACUAGUACCGCGUUUGAAUGCAGAGGAAAUUAGAGGCUUGUUUGCUCCACCACCUUUCGGUGAUGAAGUUCCACCUUCAACAUUUUCCUUGACUAAUGUGGAGGAGUGGGACAGAUUCAGGAAUAUAGACAUGGACAAAGAGGUUAAUAUAAUUCAUUCCCUUGAAAAUUCUUUAGAAAAGAAGGGAGGUCACAUUGACGCUGACAAGAUGGCAGUGUUGAAUGGUUGGCGUAGAGUUGGAUGUAGAACAAGAGAGGCACUUCGCCGCAGCUCUCUUUUUGAACUUAUAGAUGGUUAUGAGGAAUGUCUACGGGCCUUCAUAACAGGAAGCACCAAUGGAGAUGUUCUUGAACUGAGAAUUAAGGAUCCUUUUCAUAGAUUGUUGCUGCAUGGAGUUUGUGAGUUCUACAAUCUGGCAUCAGACACGGUGUCGGAUUUGGAUGGCAGCGUGGAGACGUCCAAGGCGACUAUGAUAAAGAAGAAGAAAAAGGGUUCUCCUGAACUCCCAAAGAUCACUCUGUCUCAUUUCCUGAGAAUGUCCAAGGAGGGAAGUUGGUAG